AUAGUUUUUAGUGUGGUUCUCAUGAUUGCAAAACGUGUUGUGGAGAAAAGCAAUUUUCAUCGGCUAAAAAGCUUGCUUAGUACAUUAGGAUGAAAAUAUGAAUAAUUGUUAACAAUAAUUCUUCAAAAUGGAAUUGCAUGAACGUUUUAUGAAAUUUGCUGGAGCAGAAUCUUCAAUAUUUAAUAUUAUAGGAAAUUCUCCAGUACUCCAGCAAUCCAUUCACUCUGUUAUUGGCGAGUAUUUAGAAAAUUGUUUUGGAAAACUGAAAGCUAAUGAUAUAUGUCAAAAAGAUUUAGAGUUUUUAAGAUUAUUUCUUUGUCAGCUGUAUAAAUUUUAUUAUGAACAUGCCAAGAAUGACUGUAUAAAGCUUAGCAUUGAAUUUAAUCAACUUGUAGAUUUUUUUAAAAAUGGUGACAUCUGUAAAGAUAAAGGAAAUCAGUCUAUUUUAUGUGAUGUUAUGGUACUGUAUAUGAUACUUUUGGUUGAUCAUAGGAAUUUGGUAUACAUUCUUGAAGAUUUUCAAAAUAAUUAUACAAAAACUCAAGAUAGAAAUAAAUGGUCUACAAACAUAUAUUUAAAAUUAUUAAAUUGUUUCUUAUCUAGUUGGGAAAUUCUUAACUUUUUAUAUCAAGAAAAGGAUCUUGGAGUAACAAAUGAGACUCAUUUAAAAUCUUACAAAAAAGUAUUACUAUCUUCAAUUUUGUGUGAUGUUCCAACUUUAGUAAAAUGUAAUGAACAUGCUGAUUUGCAGUUAGUUUUGUCAAAAAUCAUUUCUCUUUCACAAAGCACUAAAAUUUUAAGUUUAUACAUAGAUGAAAUGUUAGAAAAAAAUGUUGCUUUAGGCACUUUGUGUGCUAUAAGUAAUUUUAUAUUUUCCAUAAAUUCACUGAACAGUAAUCUUGAUUAUUGUUUAAUAUACAACAGCAAUUUAUUAAAAAUUAUACAAAAUAAUUUGUAUAUCGAGUGUCCUCAAAAGCGCAAAGAAGCACGUUUUCUCCUUAACAAAUUGAUUGAUUUUAUUGAUUCAAACGAAGAAACUCUAAGAGGAAAGAAUUUAGAAAGUUAUGUACAGUCAAUUUCAUAUGCUAUAAAUCCAUUCAUAUGUGAUAAAACUAAAUCUAGUUAUUUGCCCAUUAAACAAGUGAGAACAAACUUUAUUUUAGUACUGGAAGCAUUAGAAGAAAAACAGAAGCACUUAGUUGCUCCAUGUUUACCUUUAGUUGAAACUUUGAUAAACGCUGUUUCAGAACAUAGAUCUUGUGGUAACUGUUUUGAUAUCAGUUGGCUCUACUGUGUAUUUACAAGAAUUUUGAAGCAUUAUAACAGUGCAAUAGUCAAAUGGGGUUUGUUGAAAAUUAUAAAAUUGCCUAUUGCUUAUAGCAGCGACUCUUUUCUCUUGUUAAUUAUAACUACUCUUAAUAAUACAUUUCUAUAUGAAAAAACUUGUAAUCAAAAUAAUUUAAAUAUUUCAAGUGCACUAACUACAUGGUUUAUAGAUUUACAAAAUAACAUAAAUUCACAACUAAUAGAAAAAUUUUUAUAUCAUUCAAGUAGUGUACAGUGGAGCCCAGUACCAAUUUUUUAUGUACUUCAAUCACUGUUUUAUGCUUCGCUUGAAUUCAAUAAUAUUUUACAAUGGGAAGAAGAGUCUAUGCAUACUAUCAAACUUUUAGUCAGUCAGAAUAUCAUUUUACAUCCUCCAAUGUUACGUUCAAUGUCUCACGUGCAAUUAAUUCAAAUAUUGUGUAAUACAAGUAAAAUAAAUGAUAUGAAAAAUCUCAUAAACUUUAUAACUGUUUUUCCUGAAGAAGAUUUAAAAGAGUCUGCCUGUGUGAUUUCUUUGAAAUUAUGUUUAGCAAAGAUUGAAUACAGUGAAGUAGUAAAAUUUGUAAAAAGUAUUUGUGAUGGUAUCAAAACUCACGAUCAUCAAGUAAUAAUUUCCAUGUCAAUUUUUUCUCUUGUGAUUCAAUUAUUGUAUGAAGGUGAAAUCAUAUGUCAAACGAAUAAACAAUGUAGUGUUACACAAGAAUUGAAAGCUCUGCUCUUAUGUUUGGAUAAAAUUGAUGUUAGGCCUUACAUCAAAUUAUCUUUGAUUACUAAAAUAAUUGCUUUUAUCAAUGGUUUCUUUAGUUGGGGGUAUGAGCCACCUCAUUGUGUCAAAAUAACUUUUGAUUGUUACAAGGCAACAGUAUUCAAAUUCAUUUUAAAGCUAUUCCAUAAUGAAAUUUUAGAGUACCAAGACAUAGAAAUUUAUGAUAAAACCCUUAGAGAUAUUUUUAAUAUAUCUAAUAUGAGUGCAUAUAGUCAAGAGUUGGAAAUGAAAUGCAUACAAGUUCUUUGUAAUGCUGCUGAGCAUAGCUCAGCUCAAAUAUUAUUUGCCUUGAGAUCGUGGAGCAACAUUUCUCACAAUUAUAAAUAUGAUGACAAAAUAUUUCUGCAGAAGAUGAAGGAUAUAUUAGCAGUUGGUAAAUCUCAGCAGCAUUGCAGUGAAAUAACAGGGAUAGCAGGAUCAGAUUUCUACACAAGCAUUAGUAAACUCGUAAAAAAUCAUUUAUCAACGCUAAACUCGGGCGAUUUGAAAGUAAACAAUGAUUGGCUUGAUAUUUCAUCUUUUAUUUUGGAUGCAGCAGGCAAUCAAGUUCUGAUUUACUUGAGUGAUGUCGUAAAAACAUACAGUACUGUCUUUUUAGAAAAUACUAAUAAAUUAGAAGAAUUCAAGUUGUUGAUAAAAAGUUUUUGGAAUUGUAUUUUUGGAAACAAAAGAGAAAAGAUUUUUUGGCUAGUAACACAAAAAUUAACAGAAUGCAUUAAUAGAAUAGAAUUUCUUCAGAAUCAGUCUCUUUAUGACGUAUCGAAAGAGUUUAGUGAUCGGAUGUUGAAAGAAGGAGAAUCACUAUCGAGUCUCAAGUACAUUUUGCUAACUUGUAGUGACUUAACCCGAAACUUCAAUCAUUUCACAGAAGUGUUAUUGAAUGGUCUACUUCACGGUCAAGUGCUGAGGCGAGAUCAGAGAAUUCACAUGCAGGCGUGUAUGACAGGGAAGGAGAUCUUAAGUCAUUACGAAUUGAAAGAUGAUAAGUUUGAAAAUUUCAAAGCUCACGAGUUUCUCAAUAGGCAAUGCAAUGUAGAUGUAGCAGUUCGUGCUGCAGCUGUAAUACAACUCUGUAAAGCUCUCGACGAUAACAAAGAAAAUGCUAAUGUUCUGUUGCCGUUUAUCUUGCAAAAGUUGUCAUCCAUUCAAAGCAAGCGAUAUUUUGCCGAUUCACAAUUGCACCGGCUUAAGCAUCGAAUUAUGCAGACUUUAUUGAUACUUCAGCCUCAUUUAAACAAAAAAUCGACGGGAAUUCUAUAUCACAUGUUACUCGAUUCAAUAAUACGAGAUACUGAUCAGCAUAGUGUACGUUUGAUGAGGGAAUGGUUACUCAUAAGGAUAUAUUUGUCAAAUGUCGAAUUGUUUCCUGAUUUAUGGCUAUUUUUCGAUAAGAUCUGCGACGAGCGACCAAACAGUGUAAGUUCUUUGAUCGGUAUAGUCUGGCACAUAGCGCGACAAUUGUCUAACGAAAGUUUCGAGAAAUUUAUUUGUACAGCACUGCCAAAAUUGAGUAUUUGUUGUAUGGGGCAACAGUUCGGCAUGCGUUUAUUUGGUCAAGUAUUUUUUAUUAAAAUUUAUGAAUUGCUAGAUAAAGAUAGUAACAUUAGAAAGGAGCAUGUCAAUUUAUAUAAUGCAACUCUCACAAGUAUGAGUUGGGGUAAUUUAAAAAAAAGUCCUAUUAAAAAAGACGAAGAUUUUUUUUAUACAGUUUUCAAUCCAGAGUUGCAUUACAGUUUGGAAACGAUUUAUCAUCAACUUCCGCGGCUAUUUAACGUAAGCUUUGAAGAAUUCAUAACAAGAGAAGAUUUUCAGCAACAAAUAUUUUUAACAAAGUCUAUAAUUAAGAUAAGGGUUGAUAACUGUGAUAACUUUUUGGAUAAUGCUGUUAUUCCUUAUUUCAUUUUAAAAUCUAGUGAGAAUUCAAAGCCAGAAGAAAUUGAGUCUUCUAAUAUUAUCUUUAAUGAUGUCCAAAAAAAAAUUACACCUUGGAGAAUGAUGUUACCAAAUGAAGAUGAGGUUGAUCAAAAUUCAUUCAGUUUACUAUCUAAAAUUAAGCAUACAAAAGAUAUUAUAGUAGUGGCAUCUUUAGUUGAUAAGCCUCAAAAUUUAGGUGGAAUAGCAAGGACUUGUGAAAUAUUUGGAGUAAGAGAGCUUGUUAUUUCUAAUCUUAAACAAAUUGAAGAUAAGGAAUUUCAAGCUUUGAGUGUAUCUGCAGAUAAAUGGAUUAAAAUAACUGAGGCCAAAGCAUAUAUACUUCCAACAUACUUAAUGGAAUUGAAAAAUAAUGGAUGGACAUUAGUUGGAGCUGAACAAACCGCUAACAGUGUGAAUUUAAUAGAUUAUAGUUUUGCAAAGCAAACCAUACUUGUUCUAGGAAAUGAAAAAAAUGGGAUUCCCGCCAAUAUUAUACCAUUACUUGAUGUAUGUGUAGAAAUACCUCAGUAUGGCAUAAUAAGAUCUUUGAAUGUACAUGUUACAAGUGCGAUUUGCAUCUGGGAAUACAACAAACAGCACCAAGUAGAUUCUUGAAUCUUUGUAAAAAUUU